AUGUUCUUCUCACAUGAAGCACUCAGCAAAUCAAAUUUCAGCAUCCACUCCACUGCAAAAUUGCUAAGUCCAUUAAAUCCGUCAACAAUAAAACUAGCAAGGUCUUUGAGUUCAUCACUCAAUGGAACUGAACUAGAUUUCAGUACCAUCCAAACAACGGUUGCACCAACAUUGUUUCUAGCACUUUCGACAAUUGCGCACAUCUCACAGGUUACUUUUGUUGGAAUGGAUGACCUUUUAUUCUCACUUCACAACUCUGAAUAUCGUGAAUGGGGUCGAUUUGGAUUGGGUAGUCAAACUACUGUAGUGUUCUCUAAUACUACAUCUUCUGGAAAUUGGUAUACUCAACCAGUAAAUAGGGACACUGGGAUGUUAUAUGGUGUCGCAGUAAAUAUUGAUUCAAACUCUAUGUUCACACCAAAUGCUAGUUGGUUCCAACAAGCCUUAAACAACACGAGUGGGUAUUCUUGGUUGGGAACCGGAUGUGAUGGAGCUCAAAAUAGCUUGUUUUUUAGUAGUGUUGCUGUAGACGGAAGAGGUGUGGUUUCGCUCGGUAUGCAAGCACAAGUAGUUGUUGAUCAUUUUAACGCUGUAGAUUUUCAUGACGGUUAUUUUCACCUAGCUACUUCAGAUGGCCAAGUGAUUGUGCAAUCAAAACUUCCCAAAACCCAAUUUCAGAUAAGCAACAACAUGGUUACAGUGCAAGCAGUGAAUCUUCAUGGUGUUGUAAUAGGUGUCGUUGAUAGAUUCUUAUGCAAUCAGUCAUCUAGUCACUUAUUGAAAAUAAAUGGAAUAAAGUACACAGUGUAUUGUGAUACCCUCAAGAUUGUUGGAAUCCCAUCGGUAUAUGUACUGACUUAUCCAACAUUUAAUGGACUUUUGCACAAAGUCUACAUAUAUAGAGCUUUACUUGGGCUUCUGUUGUUCAUAAUUCUAAUUUCUCUUUGCUUCUUUAUAUUCUGGAUAAUAAGAGCUGCAAAUAGAGAAAUGAUCUUAUGCGCACGUAUCAUAAAACAAGAAGGUGCAACUCGCCAAGCAGAGCGCAAAAGUAUGAACAAAACUAAAGCCUUUAGUAGAGCAAACCAUGAUGUGCGCGCUUCUUUGGCAGCCAUCACUGGUUUGAUAGAGUUGUGUCAUCAAGAUGCCAAACCAGAAUCUGAGCUAGCAAUCAACUUGGGACAAAUGGAUACUUGUACAAAGGACCUCAUAGGCAUAUUGAACACUGUUCUGGACAUAAGUAAAAUUGAAGCUGGGAAAGUGCAACUUGAAGUGGAAGAAUUCAAUUUAGCUCAGCUCCUCGAGGAUGUUGUUGAUAUGUUCUAUCCUAUUGCUAUAAAGAAAGAUGUAGAUACAUUGCUUGAUCCUUGUGACAACUCACUUGCCAAAACAUGUCAUGUAAGGGGUGAUAGAGGAAAACUCAAACAGAUCUUGUGCAACUUGAUUAGUAAUGCUGUGAAGUUUACAUCCGAAGGUCAUAUCACAGUUCGUGCCAUGGUUGCGAAAACAAGUUAUGAAAACUCAAUAAUUGCUUCUAAUCGUAGUCGUAUGUUGAAGUGGCCAUGGUGGUUUUACAAGAGAGAGGAAGAUUUCAAUGAUUUGAAUGUCCUUCAUAGGGCUGAAAAAGACCCUAAUACCACAAAGUUUGUCAUUGAGGUCGAUGAUACAGGCGAGGGAAUUCCUAAAGACAAACGAGAAUUUGUUUUUGAAAACUUUGUUCAAGUUACAGACAAUGCUACAGGAAAAGAAGGUUCUGGUUUGGGACUCGGUAUUGUUGAAUCUUUGGUGCGUCUAAUGGGUGGAGAGAUAAAAAUUAUUGAUAAAGAAGCUGGUGAGAGAGGAAGUUGCUUCAGAUUUGAUGUUUCUCUUCAGACAUAUAAACCAGAGAUCGGUGAAAUGGAAGAGGAAUAUUGGCCACUUCGACCUUUUGGAAUACACCUUUUGCCACCUUCACCUAAACUAGAAGGAUCUCGUGUUGUACUCUUUAUAAGAGGCAAUGAACGAAGAAAGGUGUUGGUGAAGUAUAUCAGAAACUUGAACAUAAAAGUUACAACUGUAAAGCAUGCUAAACAACUUGUUCCGACACUUGGGAAGAUCAAACACAAGUUAGACCUUUCCUAUUUCAGUUAUUCGGAGACCCCAUCAGAGUUUCUUGAACAUAUAAACACAUCUCCAUCCAACAACUCCGAUUCAAGACCAAGUGAUGAGUCUCAAAGUAUCAAGGAAAUUGAAGAAGAUAAAAAGACCAACUCGAGAAGCUUGCUUGCAGGAAAGGCAUUCAAAGUUCUAAAUGCAAGGUUGUGUGGUUAG